CGUCCGCUAAUAUAGUCGGCCAACUCAUCGUCACUUUCGGGCAUACCUGCGUCUCCGUGGGUCGCUUCCAAGCUACCGGGUCUCGCCGGUCGCCACAAUUCGUCUAGCGGUCAGGGUCUACAAAAGAUCGAGAAGAGCUGCCAGACCUCCCCACUGCUGAACCCCGAUUUAUCCUGACUUGCGACGCUUCUUGCCAUUCUUUGCGGCUUGCACUGCAUCACAAAACGACAAAGAUGUCAGACCGCCAUCCAACUCUGGCCCAGAGCUAUGCCGAGCGGGCAAAGACGGCCACGCACCCGCUCACGCGCUACCUCUUUCGCCUGAUGGACCUCAAAGCCUCCAACCUCUGCCUCAGCGCCGAUGUGACGACGGCGCGGGAGCUCCUGACGCUCGCGGACAAGGUCGGCCCGUCGAUCGUGGUGCUCAAGACGCACUACGAUCUGGUCUCCGGGUGGGACUACAACCCGCACACGGGCACGGGCGCCAAGCUGGCGGCGCUGGCGAGGAAGCACGGCUUCCUCAUCUUCGAGGACCGCAAGUUCGUCGACAUCGGCAAGACGGUGCAGAUGCAGUACACGGCCGGCACGGCGCGCAUAAUAGAGUGGGCGCACAUCACUAACGCCAAUAUCGACGCGGGCAAGGACAUGGUGCGGGCCAUGGCUGAGGCGGCGGCGCAGUGGAAGCACCGCCUGCCGUACGAGGUCAGGACGUCGGUCACGGUGGGCACGCCCGUGUCGGACCAGUUCGACGACCGCGAGGAGGCGGCGCAGGCGCAGCAGGCGCCGGCCGGUGGCGGCGACGAGAAAGGUGAGGAGCCCCGCAGCAGCAGGCUCGAGGCCAAGGAGCAGCAGACCAAGGACAACGGGAACGUUGACGGCCGGAAAGGGAGCAUUGUCUCCAUCACGACGGUGACGCAGUCCUUCGAGCCGGCCGACUCGCCGCGGCUGUCCAAGACCACCGAGGAGGGCGACGAGGACAUCUUCCCGGGCAUCGAGGAGGCGCCACUGGACCGUGGCCUGCUGCUGCUGGCACAGAUGUCGACCAAGGGCUGCCUCAUGACCAAGGAGUACACGCAGGCGUGCGUCGAGGCGGCGCGCGAGCACAAGGGCUUCGUCAUGGGCUACGUGGCGCAGGAGUGCCUCAACUCGGCGCCCGACGACAACUUCCUCCACAUGACGCCCGGUUGCAAGCUGCCGCCACCGGGCGAGGAGGACAAUGGAGAGCUCGAGGGCGACGGCCUGGGCCAGCAGUACAACACGCCGGCUAAGCUGAUCAACGUCUGCGGCACCGACAUUGUCAUCGUGGGGCGCGGCAUCAUUUCGGCCGGCGACCCGCCGUCGGAGGCGGAGCGGUACAGGAGGAAGGCAUGGAAGGCGUAUCUGGCGCGUCUGGCAUAAUGGAGCGGGGGGGAGUUUAAUAAUAAGCUUGUUGGUUGGGCUUCAAGUGGAUGAUGGUUAGGCAGCUUCACAUAUGUACACAUACCCUGAUGAUUCGCGAGGGGGGGAA